UUUCAAGAAAGAGAAGAAGAAAAGGGAAGGAAAAAAGAAAAAGAAAAAGAUGGGUUCUAUCUCAAAAACUGAUAAACCACAUGCUGUGUGUAUCCCAUAUCCAGCCCAAGGCCAUAUCAACCCUAUGAUAAAGCUAGCUAAGCUUCUCCAUCACAAAGGUUUCUACAUAACUUUCGUCAACACCGAGUACAAUCAUCGGCGUCUUCUCAAGUCGAGAGGGCCCGACUCGCUCGAUGGCUUGCAAGAUUUUACGUUCCGAACUAUUCCCGAUGGCCUUCCGUUCUCUGAUGCAAAUUCGACUCAAGAUAUUCCUGCACUUUGCCAAUCCACCACCAACAAUUGCUUAGCUCCUUUGUGUGAUCUUAUUUGUGAACUCAACUCAAUGGCGGCUUGUCGUUCCAGUAAUUUGCCGGCAGUUAGCUGUGUUGUUAGUGAUGCUGUUAUGUCUUUCUCUAUGUUUGCUGCCAAUGAGUUUAAAAUCCCAUGUGCUUUUCUUUGGACUGCCAGUGCUUGUGGCUACUUGGGUUACUUCAAAUAUCAUGAUCUCAUUAACCAAGGCUUGACACCACUCAAAGAUAUGAGUCAGGUAACAAAUGGAUAUUUAGAAACUACAGUAGAAUGGACUAAAGGAAUGAAAAGCAUACGUUUGAGAGACCUUCCUUCCUUUCUUAGAACAACAGAUCCAGAUGAUAUCAUGCUCAAUUUCAUCCAUCAAGAGAUGAACAGAUCCCGACAAGCUUCUGCAAUUAUAUUAAACACAUAUGAUCCACUCGAACAAGAUGUUAUGGAUUCUCUUUCUUUUAUCCUCCGUUCUAUUUACACCAUUGGUCCACUUCACAUGCUUGCCAACCAAAUAAAUGAUGAAAAUCUAAAAGCCAUAGGUUCAAAUCUUUGGGCUGAGGAAUCAGAAUGCAUUGAGUGGUUGAAUUCAAAGGAACCCAACUCAGUUGUUUAUGUAAAUUUUGGUAGCAUCACAGUAAUGACAUCAGAGCAAUUGAUUGAGUUUGCUUGGGGAUUAGCUGAUAGUGGGAAGCCAUUCUUAUGGAUUACAAGGCCUGAUGUAGUUGUGGGAGAUUCAGCCAUUUUGCCACAAGAAUUUGUAACACAAACCAAAGAAAGAAGCUUGAUAGCAAGUUGGUGCUGUCAAGAACAAGUGUUGAAUCAUUCUUCAAUUGGAGGGUUUUUAACACAUAGUGGAUGGAAUUCAACACUUGAAAGUAUAUGUGCUGGAGUUCCAAUGAUUUCAUGGCCUUUCUUUGCUGAGCAACAAACGAAUUGUCGUUAUUGUUGCAGUAAGUGGGGGAUUGGAAUGGAAAUUGAUAACAAUGUGAAAAGAAAUGAAGUUGAGGAGCUUGUGAGAGAGUUAAUGGAUGGAGAAAAGGGUAAGAAAAUGAAAGAGAAUGUUAUGGAUUUAAAGAGUAAAGCUGAAGAAGCUUAUAAGCCUGGUGGUUCUGCUUAUAAGCAAUUGGAUAAGUUGAUCAAUGAAGUUCUUCUAUCAAACAUGAAGGUUUAGAUAAAAUAUUAUUUUGAAGUGUGUGAUCCAAAGUUCUGCAGCUUACACUUGUUGAUCUGUUUCUCUUUUUUUAGGAACCUUUGUAUUAUUGCA